AUGGCUUCUUCUUCUUUAAACCAUACACAAAUUAUUGAUUGUGGAAUUAAAGAAGAUGUGAUUGUGGUGAUGGUACCUUUUCUAUUACAAGGACAUCUCAAUCAACUCCUUCAUAUCUCUCGACUCGUUUCUUCCUACAAUUUACCUAUCCAUUAUCUUUGCUAUAGUGACAAAAUUAAGCAGGUUAAACGUCGCGUUCAUGGUUGGGACCCUCUAACAACUUCUAACAUCCAUUUCCACGAAUUCCCUAUUCCACCAUCUCGCGAUCAGUAUUAUUAUUCUUCAAAUGAAAUGGAGUCACAAAGAUUCAUACUACCCCUCCUUGAAGAAUCCCUAAUGUUGCGCGACCCUGUGGGUGCAUUCUUACAAGAGGUUUCCACAAAAACACGCAGGGUGGUGGUCAUAUAUGACUCUCAGAUGGCUAGUGUUGUUCAAGACGCGGUAGUUUCUAUACCAAAUGCGGAGGCCUAUUGUUUCAACGCCUCGUCUGCUUUUGUGAUAAGUUCCAUGUAUGUGGACGAGGAACUAAUACGACUAUACCUCCCCUCAUCUAUUGGCAUACAGUUCCACCUCCCCUCGCUUAUUGGCAAAUUUGUUGCGAGACUUCUACUCCCUAGUGGAGUUGAAUUUCCCAAUAAUCUUCCGUCCUAUCAAACUAGUUUCAUAUCGGAGUUUAUGGACUUCGGGAUAAAGCAACACUUGCAUAACAAUUUUUGCUCUGGAAACCUCUACUCCACUUGCAAGGCGAUUGACAGACCUUACCUCAAUGCUCUUGCAAGGUACAAUAAGUUACUAAGAAGAGGCUCCAAGCAAUGGGCUAUUGGUCCAUUACAUCCAAUCGCGACCAUGAUUAAGGAUGAUGAUCCAAGCAACAUAAUCAAUCGUCAUGAGUGUUUAAAAUGGCUAGACAAACAAGAACCAAACUCUGUAAUAUUCGUGUCAUUUGGAACAACAACUUCUUUAUCCAAAGAGCAGAUCAAAGAGCUCGCUAUAGGGUUGGAAAAGAGUCAACACAAGUUCAUUUGGAUAGCGAGGGACGCGUUGUUACAAGAAGGUGAACAAGUCCAAAUUCCCAAAGGUUAUGAAGAGAGAGUAGAAGGAAGAGGAUUCGUGGUGAGGGAUUGGGCACCACAAUUAGAAAUAUUGGGGCACUCAUCAACAGGAGGAUUCCUGAGUCACUGCGGGUGGAAUUCUGUUAUGGAGAGCGUCACCAUGGGUGUUCCAUUAGCCACAUGGCCUAUGGUUUUUGACCAACCAAGGAUUGCAGUGCUCGUCACAAAGGUGCUCAAAAUUGGCAUUGCAGUUAAGGAUUGGGAACAACGCGAUGAGUUAAUUACUUCCACAUCUAUUGAAACCGCACUAAGAAAACUGAUGGAUUCGCCCGAAGGAAAUGAGGUGAGGAAGAGUAUGGUAGAAUUGGGUGAAAAAGUUAGACAAUCAGUUGCUGUUGAUGGAGAUUCAAAGAGAGAUAUGGAUUCUUUCAUUGCUCACAUUUCUAGAUCCUAG